GAGCUGGCGGCAUGGGCCUUCCCCCCGGCCUGUACGCUGAAGGAGGGUCUGAGGAGGCCGCCCGGCCCCGGCCCCCUGGCGCAGCCAAUGGGGCCCACUCCUCUCCGCGCUCCCGGGCGCUCCCGCGCGCGCCCUCCCGGGUGGGGCCCACAGCCGCAGGAGCCGCAGAGGGCGGCGCUCCCGCACAGAGUGGGUUCUACGCCCCCGCGGCUCCCGGCUUCCCCGCCAGCCGCCUGGCUUCGCGGGGCUCCGCGGGGCGCUGUCUGGCUGCCGGAGCGGGCCUUUCCGGCGAAGAAGGUUGUGCGUUCAUCGGACGCGCCCCUGCUGGGGAGGUGCCUCGCGCCGCGCACGAGCCGGAGGGCGGGCAGGGCUGGGCUUUGCCUGCGCCCGAGGGCGGGCGGCGCUGGGAUGGCGGAAGGCCCCUGCCCUCCCGCGGGUUUGGGAUUCCGGGCCCCCUGAGCCUGUUCCCUGUCGGAGACGGAAGGGGCCUCGGAGAUCCCACCCAACCCCCGCCCCUCUUAUCCCAGACUGGGGAAAUGGACGCCCGGAGGGCGAUUGUUCUAGCAGAAAGAUGGCUGCCAUUGGCUAUUUUAGUUUUCUUUCCAUGGCAAGACUGUCAUGGUGCCUGGAUAUUUCAGGAACUGCAGUAUAAAAAUUGACUGUGGAGGAAAGAACCUAACAGAUCAGUAACAAUGGAAGAAAUUGAGAAAGUUAUCAAAAAGCUACCAUCCCCCAAAACACCAGGCCCAGAUGGUGUUACAAGUGAAUUCCUUUAACUUGAAGGAAAAGGUCAAAAAUACCCUUCAUGAAGAAGAAAGAUCUUAAGCAACAUGGUGGAUUCAGAAGCUCAUGAAAAAAGGCCGCCCAUCCUGACAUCUUCAAAACAAGACCUGUCACCUCAUAUCGCAAAUGUCGGGGAGAUGAAGCAUUACUUGUGUGGCUGCUGUGCAGCUUUCAACAAUGUAGCCAUCACAUUUCCCAUUCAGAAGGUGCUCUUCCGGCAGCAGCUGUAUGGGAUCAAAACCCGGGACGCGGUGCUCCAGUUGCGGAGGGAUGGCUUCCGAAACUUGUACCGGGGCAUCCUGCCCCCACUGAUGCAGAAGACGACGACGCUGGCGCUCAUGUUUGGGCUCUAUGAGGACUUAUCUUGCCUUCUCCGCAAGCACGUCCGUACCCCCGAGUUUGCGACCCGCAGUGUGGCCGCAGUGCUUGCAGGGACGACAGAAGCAAUUUUCACUCCAUUGGAAAGAGUUCAGACAUUACUUCAAGACCACAAGCAUCAUGACAAAUUUACAAACACUUACCACGCUUUCAAGGCACUCAGAUGCCAUGGAAUUAGAGAGUAUUAUCGAGGCUUGGUACCUGUUCUUUUCCGUAAUGGAUUCAGCAAUGUCCUUUUCUUUGGCCUUCGAGGUCCCAUUAAGGAGCAUCUGCCUACUGCCACGACUCACAGUGCUCAUCUGGUCAAUGAUUUUAUCUGUGGAGGUCUGUUGGGUGCCAUGUUGGGAAUCUUGUUUUUCCCAGUUAAUGUCGUGAAGACUCGCAUGCAGUCUCAGAUUGGUGGGGAGUUUCAGUCUUUUCCCAAGGUUUUCCAGAAAAUCUGGCUAGAGCGGGACAGGAAGCUGACGAAUCUUUUCAGAGGUGCUCACCUGAAUUACCAUCGCUCCCUCAUCUCUUGGGGCAUAAUCAAUGCAACUUAUGAGUUCUUGUUAAAGAUUAUAUGAAAGAAACCAUCAGUUAAGUGCCAUUUGUUAACUGAAUAGACCUAAGAAGAAUGCAGUUUUGGCCUGGUUUCUAAAUGGCCAAAUACAAGUUGGUGUCAUAAGUUCAGGGCACAAUGAAUUAUGGGCAAAGCUGUUUUCUUGAAGCACCAACAAAUUCAGAAUAAAAGGUUCUAAUAGGAAAAUUUAAGGGGUUCUUGGUUUUGUUUUUUCAUUAUUAUCCGAGAACUUUAGGCUAAUUGCCUGGUUAAGAGCUGUUUCCCGGACUGCUUUUGACAAGGAAAACAGCCACGGUAUGAUUCUUUUUCCCAAAAGUCUUUAAAAUCUUCCGUAUUGAAAUGUCAGUGGCCAUGAGCAGCCAGAGAAAAGGCUCUUAGAGCCAUGUGAAUUCUCAGGCUUCCUUCUCUUAACUCCAUUUCUUGCUUCACUGCUUUUAGGAGGAGUUACAAAGGAUAGUCUUCGUUAAACAUAAGCAUAUACAUGUAGGACAGACAACAGAAGAGAACAGCUUAAUAGGUGUAGGCUUUUUUAUGAUAAAUUGCUUAUAUUUUGAAACUAAGUACCUGUUUGGAUAGUCCUUAUCUAGACUACUCAGACAUGGUGUGGCAGAACCAAGCAGCUAGUCCAAGCUCCCAUUUUCCUGUCUAGCUUGGAAGGUUUUGUGUUUAGUUCUGAGUGUGACCUUAAACCCUUCCCAAAUCCCCUUAUGUUAAUUUCACUUAUUUAAUUGCCAAAACAUGGGGACACUUACGUUUCGUUACAGGCAUUUCUUCCUGUGAAGAAAUUUCAUAUUAAUUGCAAACUCUGGUUAAUUGAGUUUCUUUGAUUAAUUGUUGCCAACUUCAUAAAGAGAUUUGGGAGAUUGGGGAGUGUUUUUUCUUUGAGCUGUAGUUUGUCAUAUCGAAGUAUCCUGUUUUCUUAAAACCCUCUUUAAAAAAAAAAAACACUUCUAUAAGAUUGUAUUUUGGAAGUCUAUUAAUGGGAUUCUAGAUUUCUCUCUCCUAGUUUUUAAGCAUUACAGAAGGGGAGAAAACAAAUCUCAGGAUAGCUUUCCCCCCAGUAUUAGCUUUUUUAUUUGAGUCUUGAAAUAGAGACGUCUAUUAAGAUUUUUACAUUUGGGAACCCAGUUUUAUCAUUUUAUCAUUAAAACAGUAAGUUUGAGAUAAGAUAAAAAUAAAGAUAUUUGUUGGGUUAAUUUUAAAUGCUACUAGUUCGUAAUAGCUGGAUAGCAUACUCAUCCCUUACUUGAUAGAGAAAAACUUGUCAAAGGAAUCAGAUUUUAAAAUAUUUUUUCCAGAUCGAUGAAGCAAAAUCCCUGUCUUUACCAACUGAAUAAUUAAUAAAACUUGAAACAUUCUAGAAAAGUAGUUUAUCAGUCUUUUAAAAAUCCACAUCUGUAAAUACGUAGUUAUGAUUGCUUGCCAGCAUCUGACAUGGCAGAAUAGUUUGGUUUCUUAUUACCAGUUUUUCAUCAUUCUGGGUAAUUGCAUAUGAAUAUGUGCACACAAUGACCAAAAUAAAAUCAGGGUCUCGGUAGUUUACUCAGUUUCUGGGCAGAUAGUCCAAAAGCAAUGUUUACCUCUAAAUGCAAUAUGGCUGGUCAAAUAAGCAUCCUUCCAACCAUAAAGGACUGGGAAGCAGCAUCAAGCACUUGUCAGGCACUAAUGAGGCUCAGUAGUUUUACAACAGCCCUUUUGAAAAUGUGUUGGAAAUGGCAGUUUACUUUGGAAACCAAGAUGCAGAGGUGAGGAUUUCAGAAAGCAAGGAUUUGACACCAAAUAAACGUGAGUAACAUGAGUAGCAUCCUUUGGCUUGUUGAAUAGUCUGGCUUUGAAGCGGGUUGAAUUGGGGGGGGGUGGUAUGGGAAAUGAAUGACAAAGGCACGUGAGGUCUGGUGGUGCUUGGCCUCUGGCCCACCACAGCUUGUGGCAGGUGAGUUAGCCUGGGGUCAUUCCCUGGGGAUGGGCUUCCUUUUGUCUAUUGAUACACUCCUAGGAGGUGACAGGUAACCCAAGUUCUAAAGCACUUCUGUGAAAUACAAGUGAGAAUUUGAAAAGGGGAUGCUUUGGUUUCUGCAAUCUCAAACUUGUGGCGUUUAAAAACAAAUAUUUUUAAUGUUUUUAACUCAUACUUGGAUUUCUUUGUCACUUUUUACAGCUUUUGGAGACCAAACUGUAAAUAUAUUACCAGGGAUGGUUUUGUGUUGUCCUAUAGACUUCUUAAAUUUGACAAAAAAUUUGAACAGAGCUUGCUUGUGGUAGCCAACAGCUUUGUCUGAAUCUUAAAAGAAGUCAAAAUGUGUUAUAUAAUGAGAUCCUAACCGCUUGUUUUUACCUUCGGUGUGAAUUAGUAAUUUUGAAAAGGCAAACGUGACUGAAUAACUUUACCUGAAGAGCUUUAAAAGUGGCCUUUCUGUUACAUACGUGGCACAGACGGCUUACGAGCUCGGGGCCCUCGGCCCUGCCUCCCGUACUUCAUCUCUGACGCCACCAGAGAUGUCUCACGGAUUCUGUAUCUAACAUGCUUAGGGUGGUGAGAGCCCUCAGGACUGCAUCACAGAGUAAACACAACCUCUCCAAGGUGGCAGAUUUGUGUGUCUUUGUUUCAUUUGUGGCUAGAGACAGUCAAUGUUUUUGUCUCAGUAGUCAAUAUUCAUCUUACUUUAUGGUUGAUUAUGUAAUCGCCUGCUAUAUAUUGUAAGCUGUGCAAUAAAACAGAAUUGUGUAUCUGGAAUCACCUUUGGAGACGUGACAUUUCCUAGCUCGAUGACAUUGGUUGUGCACUGUUCUCACGCUGUGCGAACAUAGAAUCAUGGGCUGCAGACCGCAUGUGCAGAAUGGGACCUGGAGGCCUUUCUGGGGCCGCUGAUCGUGUGGUGUGGGGAAAUGGCAGGUCCGAGCAGCUGAAGUUCGAGAGGCGUGUGCGGUCCAAGUGAAGGCAAGGCAGGAGAUCACGUGGGAAGGAAGGGUGAGCGCUCAGACUUGAUCUCCUGUCAAUUAAAAUACUCUUUGUUUUCUUGUAUGUAUAAAUGCGUAUCCAAGAUCUAACAGGCGUUCACCUUAAGUUUGAGGAUUUUUCAUUUUUAAUAUUUUUAAUGCCGUCUUUUUGCUUGAUAGUAUUUGCUUGCCUAAAUGGCUCCCAGAUUGUGAGGGAGUCUCCACUUUGUUUUUUGGGUUUUUUUUUUUAAGUUUCAUUAUUAAAAGUGGUUAAGCACACAAAGCUGUUUAUGUUUAAUAUUUUUUGAGUUUUGUGACUGACUUAAUGAAACCUGUCAAAAGUGUCAGUUAACAUUCUUUUGGUAAUUCUGUUUGGAAUAAAGUUGUUUUUAUUUUCAGUCCA